ACUCUCCCAAUUAUGAGUCCAUGGCACUGUGUUCUUGUCAUCUACCUCAUCUUGAUCACAUCAAGCAGUGCUGUUGAUGCAAUCACCAAGCCGAGCAGCAGCAGCAGCAGCAGCUACCUGAGCCUUGCGAACCAGUUCUUGGCUCCCCACAAUGCCGCCCGCACGGCGGUGGGAAUGAGGAGGCUGGUGUGGGAUUCCAAGCUGGCGCACUAUGCAGAAUGGUAUGCGAACCAGAGGAGGAGGGACUGUGCCUUGAAGCACUCAAAUGGGCAGUACGGAGAGAACAUCUUCUGGGGUAGUGGCAGUGGGUGGACACCAGCUCAGGCUGUUGCAGCAUGGGUUUCGGAGCGCAGGUGGUACGACUACGGGUCCAACGCCUGUGCUUAUGGCCAAGAAUGCGGACACUACACCCAGAUUGUGUGGGGCUCAACACGGAGAGUUGGGUGUGCCAGGGUGAAUUGUUAUGGUGGUAAGGGUGUCUUCAUGACUUGCAACUACGACCCUCCUGGGAAUUACAUUGGAGAGAGGCCUUACUGAGACAUUUUACCUUAUUUUAUCAUUUUUAUGGUGGAUGAGUCUGGUAAUAUGAACACUUUUGGGGGUCCUCUUUUUGUUUUUUUCCAGCUCUUUAUAAUCCUAUAUUAAUUUAUCUAUUAUUAGAGUCUAAACCUAAGGAAAGAAUAAGAAAAAUAAAAGGGCAUACAAGAGAAAAAAAAGUCGCAACUGGUGCUACAAAAAUGCUGCUACACAUUGUAAGGAUGGUUCAAUGUUUUCACACCUAAGUUCCACUUAUUGAGGAUGAUAUUUCAAUGUUGUCAAACAAGUAAAUGGAAAUGGGUUAUGUUGAUUUUUCUUA